AAAACAAGCUGUUUGUUUGUUCUUGCCAAAUGAAGAAGCAUUCACUCACUGGCUGGUCCAUCAACUGUUUAACCAGUCUUUGAUUUUAAUUCUCAUCAUCAACAUGACGGCAAGCUAUGAUGUGCUCAAAACGCGGACCCGGGGUGACUACCCAUUUACUUUGGAGUACCGCACGCGAUGGGCCGACAAUGACAUGUACCAACACAUGAACAACUCCAUCUACAACUUUCUCUACGACUCAGUAAUCAAUUCAUACCUGAUUGAAUUUUGCGACCUCAAGCCUGCAUCAUCACCCCAGCACGGCAUGGUCGUGCACUCCCACAACGACUACUUCGGGUCCAUCAGCUUCCCUUCCGUGGCCGAACUGUGCCUGCGCGUCAAUAAGCUGGGCCGUACGAGCGUGACCUAUGAGAUCGCCCUCUUCGAAAAGGGAGUUGACCGCGUCAGGUCAGUAGGGGAGUUUGUUCAGGUAUUUGUGGACAGGGCCACGGGCAGGCCUGCUGCCGCUGGCAUGAAUGAGACUACGCGAAAGGGUCUUGAGAGGAUCAUGGUCCAGGACGCGAAGCAAGUUUUGCCAGUCAAGAGUAAAUUAUAGGCUCCAAGUUGUAUGUAUUAUGAACUGUUCACUGCUUUCCUUCGUCCUGAACCAUCCCUUCAUAACCAACAAGCUGUCAAUUGUGUUUUUCGAUCCAACAGCAUUCUCAGUCA